UCUCAGAAUACUAGCUAUUGUCGGGGCGCUAGGAAGUGCUGUGGCAAUGGGAACUACAGAUGAGACGCUUCCCUUCUCAACACGAGCAUUCAUAUUCCAAGCUGAAUAUGAUGAUAUCCCAGCUUUUAGGUUCUUUGUGAUCUCGAAUGGAACAGUAUGCGGAUAUCUUUCUCUCUCUCUACCAAUGGCCAUCUAUCAUGUAAUCAGGAAAGGAGCAGCUAAGAGCCGGGCUUUGCUGAUCUUUCUGGACGCGAUAAUGCUAGCUGUACUAACUGCAGGAGCCUCAACAGCAGCAGCUAUUGUGUAUUUAGCACACAAGGGGAAUGCUUCAGCAAAUUGGUUAGCUAUAUGUCAACAGUACCAGAGUUUCUGCAACCGCGUCACAGGAUCUUUAAUCGGCUCUUUUGGUGCAGUUCUUAUUUUAAUUUUGUUAAUCUUUUUGUCAGGUUUAGUACUAUCUAAACGAGCGAUGUAGGCAGACAGAGAUGAUGUUUCACUAGAAAAAAACUCUGCUAAACUAUGUGAUCAUGCUAUAAUUUCAAUGAAACAAGUGCCACCUUCUGCUUAAAA